UGAUGCCUCAGUAUACGCAGGGCUCGGUGGCUUACGGUGAAUGUAAAUAUCUGUAUUCACAAAAACGCACAGACAGCAGAACGCUCAUGAGCAUCACCAAGAAAGCACCCAAGAGACCCUCGCUGCACGCCGCGGAGGAGGAUGCUUGCCAUUAUUAAGUAUCUCCUGAAUCAUCUAAGGAUGCUUUCGUUAAAAGACACAUCGAUAUUUUCACGUACUUUGGAAUCAUCUGCGUUUUAAAGCAUUGCAGCGGACGCGCGCCCGACGCAACGCACGACUGCUCGUUUGGAUCAGUGCCACGGUUGUCUGUCUCCGUCCGUCGCCGUUCGCCCAACCACACCUUUCCGUUAUAUCCUCACCCAAUAACGGCAUUCAGACGGACCCCGUCGCAUGUGACCGAUAGUGACAUUGUGCCGGGUGGAGGAACGCGAAUCCACUGCGCUAUAGACGCCCGGUGCGCACCGGACCCGUUCAAAGACGCCCGUGUCGUACAGAUGUCAGACCGGUGCGUGUGAUCGCUUUGGAGGAGAGGCAGGUGAACAGAAGGAGGAAUUUAUUCGCCCGGAGGCGCGCACGGCUUUGUCCCGCAUCCUGCGCCAAGAAGCAGCGCAUCACCUUGAGGAUUUAAAUGCACCGACAUCCAACUUGCCAGCUCCAGUGUGUCGCUGCCAUGGCGACCCUGACCCCCUUCUUCUUAUGGAUUUUUGCUGUCCUCCAAUUGGCUGCCUGUUCGUUUCCAGAGGAACCUGGUCCUUUAAUCUCCGCCCCUGCUGAGGUGGUGAAAAGAUAUCCAGUGUUUAUGGGACGGGCCCAUCGCUCGUACACCCGCCAGGAGCCGCUCUACAUUCAGACCGUCCUUAAAGUCAACCGCACGCUUUACAUUGGAGCCCGCGACGACCUUUAUCGAGUGGAACUGGACCAUGUGUCUGGAGAUGAAAUGUUCUACAGCAAGAAAAGGACGUGGGAAUCCAAUAAGAACGACAUCCGGAUCUGUAGAAUGAAGGGAAAACACGAGGAGGAGUGUCGUAAUUACAUAAAGGUGCUGUUGAACCAUGAUGGAGGACUGUUCGUGUGCGGGACAAACGCGUUCAAUCCACUGUGCGCCAAUUACACGAGAGACACACUAGAAUUGGUCGGAGAGCCCAUCAGCGGAAUGGCGAGAUGUCCUUAUGACCCGAAACAUGCUAAUGUGGCCCUGUUUGCCGAGGGAAGCCUGUUCACAGGGACGGUGACCGACUUCCUGGCCAUCGAUGCUGUCAUUUACCGCAGUCUGGGAGAGAGUCCGGCGCUGCGUACCAUCAAACACGACUCCAAAUGGUUCAGAGAGCCGUAUUUCGUAAGUGCUGUGGAGUGGGGGCCUCAUAUCUACUUCUUCUUCAGAGAAAUGGCCAUGGAGUUCAACUACCUGGAGAAGGUAAUGGUGUCCCGCGUGGCGCGCGUGUGUAAAGGCGAUCUGGGCGGCUCUCAGCGCGUAUUGGAGAGGCAGUGGACAUCGUUUCUGAAGGCGCGUUUGAACUGCUCGAUCCCAGGAGACUCGCACUUUUAUUUCAACCUGCUGCAGUCCACCAGUCCCAUCAUACGCAUGCAGGGCAGAGACGUCGUACUGGGGGUCUUCUCUACACCUUCAAACAGCAUCCCCGGCUCGGCGGUGUGUGCGUUUGACAUGCAGCAGUUGGCACGAGUGUUUGAGGGGAGAUUCAAAGAGCAGAAAUCACCAGAAUCCAUAUGGACACCAGUACCUGAUGAACUUGUACCUAAACCCAGGCCUGGAGGCUGUGCUGUCCAGGGUUCAAGAUUCAGCACUUCUAACACCCUACCCGAUGAAGUGCUGAAUUUCAUUAAGACUCAUCCUCUUAUGGACGAAGCAGUUCCUUUGCUGGGACAUAGACCUUGGAUAGUCAAGACAAUGGUCAGGUACCAGUUAAACACUAUGGUGGUGGACACUGAGGCUGGCCCCCACCGGAACCGGACUGUGGUGUUCCUGGGAUCCACAAGAGGAACAGUUCUCAAGUUCCUUAUUACUCCCAGCUCAGAGACGCCGUACUCCAAUAGUAAUAUCUUUCUGGAAGAGCUAGAGGGAUACAACCCGGAGAGGUGCGGCGAUGACUCCAUGCAGGCGCGUCAGCCUCUCUCUCUGACCCUAGACAAACCCAGUCACACACUCCUGCUGGUUUUUCACUCUUGUGUGGUGAGAGUUCCUGUCGCACGCUGCCAACUGCACUCCAGAUGUAUGAAAAACUGCAUUGCAUCCAGAGAUCCGUACUGCGGUUGGACCAGAGGAAGUACCUGCUCUCUCCUGAGGCCUGGCACCAGGUUGGAAAAACACAGAGUCAUAUACAGAUUACCUUUUGUGCAGGAUGUUGAAUAUGGAAACAUCUCUCACCUCGGGGACUGUGAUGGCCUUGUACGUGAGAGUUUUAUGGAUGAACCUGAAAGUCUUGUUACUUUGAACUUAUUGGUUGUCGCCGCAGUAUCAGCGUUCUCCACCGGGGCGGCGCUCUCAGGUCUGGCUGUGUGCUGGAUCAUGGGCCAGAAACACCGUCAUCGUUCUCACAGCCACACCCCAUCCGCCAGCGGGCAGCGGAAGAGCGAGAAGGAGCGUUGCAUGAUGGGACAAAGUAGGAGCGGCUCCGUAAUGAGCGUAUCCCGACACAGUGUUUCAGACCGUCCACGGUCACAGGGCGAGACUCUCUUCGUCAUGCCCAACGGCUGGGUGAAAGCGGGUGACCUGGACCCAGGUCUACUACCUACGCCCGAGCAGACACCCCUGCAACAGAAACGCGGGUUACGCCUAUCCGACUCCGGCUCCAGCUGGGAUCAAAGUCAAACCUACUUGAGCUCUGUGGGCACCCAGUGCCCACCACCACCCUCCACCCUAUUCCUCAGCUCCAAGCUCUUACAGGGCACCGGGCGGCGACACGAGGAGGCCAUCGAGACCGGCAUUGACCGUCAACGCUACGUUUCCCUCUCCAAGUACCGUGACCAAGGCAUACGCCCUAGCACUCUUCUUCGCAAGUCGGCGGGUGAAUACAAUUACCCCAUGACUCCCCAAGACUCUCCAGACCGACGUAGGGUGGUGUCAGCCCCGAGCAACCAGAUGGAGUACAGCGGAGAGCCUCUUCGUUGGACCCACGAAGGAUACAUCAUCAGCAGUCAUGGUUUACCUCCAACGGGCCAUCACUACACUCCAACUUCGCAGCAUCCUGCGGGUCUGACGCGCUCCCAUCUGCACGGGUCCCGAGGGUUUAUCGACCUGGCAGAGUACAGCCACCUGCUCGGUAAGGGAGGGAGUGAUCGGACGCCCACUGGCCAGUGAACCGAGAGAAGAAGUUUUUGAGGAGCAAGGAAAUGAAGAAAUGUGAGAAGCUGAAUUCACAUGUCGAGAGCCGGCACAUAACUGGCCAAUCACGGUGGUUCGUUGUGUCUCUCUCUCUCUUUCUUUCUUUGUUACCUGCUUGUCGUGUUGUUUUUAUCUGAGCUCAGUGUCCGGUGCUGCUGCCACAUGUCACAUGAGAGGAGGACGAACUACUGUAAAUGGACCUCGCUGACUAAGAGAAGAGCAGCCGUUUCUACAAAUAGCCCCUCUCUCUCUCUCUCUCUCUCUUAGUCGCUCUCUCUUUCACUCACAAUUCGAUGUAGGCACGCAGCAAUCAGAAAAUGCUUUUCCCACUGGCUCUCACUCUUUCUGACUGACUGUGAGUGCGGAUGGCCAAACAUUAUUGUGUAUUUAUCAGAUAAAGGAAAAUGGCAGCCGUUUUAAAGACUUGAGACGGAUUCACAAUUGCAGGUAACAGUGGAUGACAGGUAACUGAUUUAUGUGCACAGUGAAAACACGAUGAAACGCAUGCAGAUUCUCAUGACAGAGAAAUUGCAAAGUAAAGACACCACUUGGUGUUUUUUGCCAGGUCAACUGAUCGAAAGGAAAGAUGUACAAACAGCUCAGUUUAAAAACCUUUUAUGGGGAAGGGUGUAAUUUACAUUGUCAUUUAAUUUGUGUCACAGUCAAGGCUCAUCCUCUUUGAAUCUGCCAUAGCCUCUCCCAUGUAUACGUUCCAAAUGGCUAACAGAUAUUUUAGUGAACGAAAUUGCAAAAUAAAUGAAAACAUUGAAAAGAGCACUACCUUGCUCAGAGUAUAAUAUCAUUAUCUGUUGAUCAAAGAUGCCAUUUCAACCCUGUUACAGACACUAAUGUCUAGUGAGCUGAGGACUUUACCGCAGUAUUACCUAAGUUCAGACAUUGAAUGAAAAGAGGGAGAGACAAAGAGAGAGAGAGAGAGUAAGAAAAUGUUGGUCAGAUGUUUUCUGGCCUCGACUAAAUUAAUUCCUGUGUUCUGUGUAGCUCUGUGUUGUCGCUGAGUUUUAUCAGAGAAAUAAGGAGCUCUGAAAUAAUGAGAACUUCUGAACAUGCUGGAAUCGAAAUCUUUUUGGUCUGUUUUAUUUCUUGUUUUGUACAGUGAUUUUUUACACGAUUUGACUUUGAACGGAACACAGAAUGGAGAUGAUUUGUGGAAAGACGCAAUGAGGAUCAGAGAAAGAGACUUGACAAUUUAAUACUAUUCUGUGUGAUUAUUUUCCCUCUGAAGACACUAAAGACCAUACGUUUUACUUUUGUCAGUUCUGGACUCUACACGAGAAUGAGACAAUGAGAAGGAUACCAGAUAGGAGAGGACUGAAGCAAACGAAAAGACUACAAAUGAUCAUGUGACUUAAAACAUAACUAAUAUGUUAUGUCAUCGGUUUUGUGUCUGUGAAGUAACCAAUCACAUUGCUCUUUAUAUAUAUUCCAAGACACAUUUCCCUACACUUUUGUUUGAUAUUUUCUUGUUUUUAGUCAUGAAACCCAUCCUCCGUGAUACACUUUUAUCUUCCUUGAAUCUGACUUGUAAAAAUAUCCAGUAUGUCCCUAUAAAAGUUCAACAUCAUCACUAUAUAUGUUGAAAUGGGGCCUAUUCCUGCAUUUGAACGAAUGUCUGUUGUAUAUGAAGAUCAGAGAUCUUUGUUUGUUUCCCUAAAAGUCAAUAUUGAUGUCUACAAUGUCACACGAGAACCGUAAUCACAUUUUCAGCAGAAUGCAGUCGGGCAGUGUUCCAAACCGUAGUGAGCUGUUUACCUCAACAGUAUUUUUAAGACAUGAUAGUUGAAAAUCUAAUAAAAAGGUUGUUUGAAAAAGUUGGGCAAAAUUAUGUUACCUUGUGACACCCUGUUUUGUCCAAAUUCUAAGGCAACAUUAUCCUUCACGAAUAAUGUAUUAGAACAAGCAAAGUGAAAUUUUCAUCUAACUCCUUCCCCAUCAUUGACAGGAAUUUCAGUAUUUUUAACACUAAAAAUUUGCUAACUCACCACUAGAUGCCAAUGAUUUUCGUACACGGAAACUUUAAUUAACACAUCUUUUAAAAAGUGGAAAACUUACCCACCAUUUUUAUGGAUUUCUGUGUUUUACUGAUAUACAGUAGGGGGUGUGAUUGAUAUAUUGUGUGUUAUAUAGGUACAGUGAUGUAGAAUAACGUCUUCAGAAGAACAUCAAAGUUUUGUGAAAAGGGUUUUUAAAAAUGUUGGUGGGAAAAAGAGUUAAAGGGGUCAUAUGACACGGCUAAAACAAAUAUUAUCGUCUGUUUUAGAUGUAAUGCAAUGCGUAUUCACGAUUUAAGCUUCAAAAAAGCCUCACUGAAACGCACAGAUUUUUAACAAAGCUCAUCGCUCUGAAAAGCGAGGUGUGCUAUGAUUGGCCAGUUAACCAGUGCAUAGUGAUUGGUCGAAUACUGCAAGUGUGUGAUGAAAAUGUAACGCGUUUUACCAUAUUUGGAACAUCAGGUUCCAAAGCAAUUGUACUGACAGGUAUUCCCACCUUACUUGCGUUAACAUUUGGGCUGUCUUAAUCCACUCAUACCACCAACUGACGUAGAUUUGUGGGAUGUGGUUACACGAGGCGUUUCAGGCAGGUCUGGGUGAGCAUUCGCUUUUAGAUAGAAUGCAUCUUUUGUUCCGAUACUUUCAUUUGUGCAAUUGUACGUGUCUAAUACAUGCAUGGGUAGUCUCAGCCUCAGACAUCACGCCCAAGAUCCGUUGGCUGAACGUCUUGAUACAUUUGGCACACUUUUUUGGAAACACUUCAACGAGUUCGAAGUCGUUGUCUGGUUAAAUUCCACAGGAUUUCCGGGAGACGUGUGUGUCGCGUUCUUUAACGGUCCGCCGGGAAACAAAACAAAGCGGUCCGAUCGAAUUAGAAAGCUUCCGUGUUACAUCAGUGACAAUGAGCGUUCAUCAAGACAGACUAAACGCUGCUUUUUUAAAAGUAUGCGAGGUUCAUAGUAUAGAUUCAAUAAAAGACGUCCAAGAGUUUUGUUUGAGGUACUUAGUGGAGUCUAAAAGAGAUGUUUUAACGUAUUUGCCGACUGGAUAUGGCAAAAGUCUUAUCUUUCAAUCCUGGCCGACCGUCUCCCAGAAUUUGGAGGGGUACCAUAGAGAUACAAUUUUGCUUGUUGUUUGCCCUCUCACAUCUAUUAAUGGAAGAUCAAGUAAAAUACCUCACAACGAGAAGGGGAUAUCCGCCGCAUAUGCGGGCCAAGAUGAAAGAGCAGACGCUGACAUAGCAGUUGGACGGUUUAGUCGUGUGUUUGAUUCUCCAGAACUGCUUGUUGGAGUUAAAAAGUGGAGAGAUAUGCUCCAAACAAAUGUUUACCGGGAACGUCUUAUUGGCAUGGCUGUCGACGAAGUGUACUCCGUUGUACAAUGGUAAGUAAUGCUAUUGUUCUCUGCCAAGUAGGUUUCGUGUAUUUUCUGUUUUAAUGCAUAAAACUUACUAAACAGCUGUUUUAUGCUUACAUUAGUUUGCUUUAGUUACGUGUAUUUACAUGUGUGUUUAAGCCGGUGCUCUAGGAGACUGAAGCGCCAUUGUAAAAGUAAAUUUGGAGACGAUCGUGAAUGAAUGAUUUACUAGUUGCACAUCGGUCUGUAAUUGUGGGGUCAUUUCCACGCCACUAAACAUGACGCAGCAAAAAACUGUACUGGAUUGGUAGCUUCACCUGUCAGUCAUAUUGUCUUUUGGGCGAGCCUUGACCAAUAAAAGUGUCCAAAAUUACCAGACCUUCAGCAUGAAGAUGCGAGACUAAUGCAUGGUCAACUUAUAACACACCAACGACACAGAAAAACACGUAUUCGCGCCAUACAGUAUAACCCCUUUAAUGUUGAAUCCUGGAUGCUUUUAAAAUAUAUAUUUUUCAUUUUAUUAAACGCUAAAUUUACUGUUAUUCAUCCGUUCUAAAAUAAUAUUUAGAAGAUCUAUUUUUACAAUUUCUUUAGCUUUUAAAAUGUCAUAUUUUUAGGUAAGCAGACUAUUGGAAUGAGCUGUUUGUUAGCCAGGUCUAUUGUUUCAUAUAGUUCCUAUCUACAAAAACAGUUUCACCUUCACACAUCUGGCAGAUGCUUUUAUCCAAAGUGACUUACGGUGCUUUUAUGCUAUACAUCUUAUCCAGAUGGUGACUCAUACUGCUCUACCAGCUUCACACAGUUUGAAUCAAGCGCUUAAAGGUUUCAUUUCCAUUAGGAAACUGCCUCAGAAGUUAGACAACGAGGAAGCACACUGGAGUUUGGAACAUAGCCUCCUCUCUCUCUCUCUCGGUCACACACACAUACUAAGUGCCCAUCUCCACAUAGAACCACCUAGUUUUGUUAUGAAAUGGUUAAUAGCAUCAGUGUGUGAGGCAUUGAAAGCAGAUGUCUGAUUAGAUGACUCGCCACAUGCACAAUCGAGUGCACAGGAAUGCACUUAAUAAUGGCGCUCCUGCACCUGCAACAUGUUGCUUAUUAAAAGCACGUGCUUGAAUGUGCUUUUUAAAAACGCAUCUCUUAACCGCAGCCAUCUAGAGACCCUGCACACACCUCUGCUAGUGCACGUAGCAAACACACACGCUUGCAGUUAUACGCGACGGUUGGUUGAACAUUGAUUAGCUCAUAAAUCCAGCUGAAAGGAGAGUCACCGUGCAUGUGUAUUUACGUCUCUCUUCAGCAACAACUGACACACACCAGGCAGGAAAUAGAAUCCAGAACACAGAAACACUAGACAGGAAAUGUAUAGAUGUUUCUGCUUACCUUUGGCUCAAGGGCACGCAAGUAGCCUAAUUCAAUUCAGGAAGUAAGAAAGGCAAAUAUUAGAUUCCUAUUUGUGUGGAAGACAAAUGAGCAUAUGCAUAUCAUUAGCAAGUUUAUUCAAACUUGUCAACCUCAGACGAAUUGUGCCAUACCUGUUUAAUGUAUAUAUUUGCCAAAUGACGGCUUAAAAAAUAGUAAGAUACCAAAAUAUUUAAUAGGGUGGGUCAGUAUUUUUAAUGAUGCCCAUGACCUUAGUGAAUAGCCACUGCUGUUGUUUUUCGGUUUCGAUUCAAACCCGGUGUUUUUACAUUGCCAUGCGACUCAUUCUGCACAUCUAGUUAGUUUACGAUCACAAAGUAGGCCUAAAUCCUUCUUUCCGGCCUGAAGAAACACAAACUGCCUUGAAUGAAGACAGAGAAAUUCAGUGCCUAACGUCCCUCUUUGUAAAUGAAAAUGGCUUUAAAUAUCAACUUUUCCCCUCACAAUAUUUAUCUUUUUUUUGUAGUUAUUUCUAUAUUUUCAUCUGUUAAAGUGGAGUUGACUGACAUCGAUUUUCACACAGUGUCUUGUGUGUUAAUUCUGGUAUAUUUUCGUCAAAUGAAAGUGUUGAAUGUGCUGUGAAUGUACAUGCUGUUACAACCAAGAGGUCUUUAUCUCUUUCAUCACGAGCACAAUAUUGUACAGGAUUCAUGUUAUGUCAUUUCUUUGACUCUUUCACCGCGCAUUUCCUUGAACUGUUCCACGAAUGAUCACAUUUGCUGGUUUUCAAAGACUCUGCAAAGAACGAAGGACUCUGGAUCUCUUGAAACCGGACAUUUUGUAAGACUGUACAUGGCGACACAGAUUUGCCUUCGUGUUGAAAGGCUCUGUGUGCGACCGAAUCAGUAUUACGUUGAGUUUACACUCAGCUGCUCUGUAUAUAGCUCAAAUACUGAGUUUGACCCCAUCACUGGGGAUGAUGUGAUGUCCCUGUGUAUAGAAGACGGGGGACGUAUACAGUAAAAAUUGUUUUGUUUGUUUGUUGGUUUUUAAGUAAUCACCCAUGUAUAGAUAUUCACACUUAUACACCCAGUAUCAGAAAUGUACAGGACGCACUACACAAUACUGGAGCGCACACUUAUUUUCAAAAGGCGAUCGACAUGGAGAUUUUAUCAUUCUAAUAAACACAUUUGACUGUUUGAUCUCGUCUCUUUAAUGUGUCAAAU